UUCAAAGUUGAUUGCUUUUUGUUACCAAGGCACACACUCAUGUUUCAAACAGAAGCAAAUUAAUUUUAAAAGCUGUGUUCUGAGAAGAGCCUUUGUGUUGCUUUCAAGUUCUCAAGGCUUUUUUGACUCAAAAAGUGCACGAAGUCAUCUCUUCCUCCCUCCCUUUCCUUCGGGCACAUAUUGCUGUGGCAAGUGAUUGUUGAUUUUUUUUUUUUUCGUUGCUGCUGUUUAUAUGUGACUAGAAACAUGAUUCAUUUCUAACUGUGCUGUAUGACUAUUUUAUUUAUACUUUUCUAGCAGUUAUUUGUACUUUUUCUAGCAUUUCAGCUCUGUAACAGAACGGGUUGAGUCUUUCUAGAAGAUUACUGGAAAGAUUUCUGAACUGCAGGGUAAAAAUUAGGAAUUAAAAGAACAGGAAGAGUUAAAAAUUUAGGUUUCUUAGCUAAAAGCACAGGGUAGCCAAAAGUUUUAAUGCAAAAUUUUUCUGUGCUGCGCCUCCAGUAACCAUGGUUCCUGAUGGUGCAGGGACUAUAAUUUCUACUUAAGGAAUUGUCAUGAAUAUCUUUAACUCAGUGGCUGAAACCUCACCAUAUUUAUUGUCUCACUGCUAGAUAUGGUGCUAAAGUAGGAAACAACAACUACUUCUGCUAUUCUGAAAGUUUUCAUUGACUCCAUAAAUAUAUUUCAAAAUCAAUUAAAUAUAAUAGGCAACAUUCUUGAGUUUUAUAUGGAUGGGUUUUUUUUCAGUGAAAACUUUUGGUGUUUGGUUUGCUUUGGUAUUUUAAUUCUUUAUUUAGCUUUUGCUGUGUUACUUGUGUUGUUAAAUUCAAAAUGCUUAAAAGCUGACUGGAUGAAGUGUAUCUGUAAAAGUGAUGCUACACAGAACUAGUAAUGAAGAAUCCUAAGUGGACCACAAUUAUGAGAACUGAAAAAGGACAUUUAAGACUAAAGGAACAUUAGUAGUAGUCUUUCCAUAAUGGAAGUUUGUCAAUGGCAAAUAAAAUCCUCUUCAGCAAAACUAUAGGGAUUUUGUUUACCCCUAGCUUAUUAGCAUAGGGUGGGAGCAGCAGGUUGAUUUGAGACUAAGCAGGGAAGCAGAGGUGGGAACAUUACUUAAACCGCUCCUUCGCAGACCCUGAACAGAAACAAGGAGGACAGCAUUGUGUUUAAAAUGGAAGUUGACAUAAAUGGAGAGUCCAGAAGUACCCUAUCCACCCUCCCUGUGCCUCUUGCAGAGGUGAGUCCUGCGGGCAGGAUGGAAGCAGAGAAGCCCCGCUGUUCCAGUACACCCUGCUCACCAAUGCGACGGACAGUUGCGGGAUAUCAGAUCCUUCACAUGGAUUCUAACUACCUGGUUGGCUUCACGACUGGAGAGGAGCUGCUAAAAUUAGCCCAGAAGUGUACAGGAAAUGAAGAGAAUAAAGGGGAAUUUGGGCCAAACUUGCGCACCAAACAGCUUGAUUCAGGACUUGCACGUUCCUCCCGUUUGUACAAAACUAGAAGUAGGUACUAUCAGCCAUAUGAGAUCCCAGCAGUAAAUGGAAGGAGGAGGAGACGGAUGCCCAGCUCAGGGGAUAAAUGCACUAAGGCUUUACCAUAUGAACCUUACAAGGCACUUCAUGGUCCCCUGCCUCUUUGCCUUUUAAAAGGUAAAAGGGCUCAUUCGAAAUCCCUGGACUACCUCAAUUUAGACAAAAUGAGCAUUAAGGAACCUGCUGACACAGAAGUGCUACAAUACCAGCUCCAACACCUUACCCUUAGAGGGGACCGUAUGUUUGCAAGAAAUAACACAUGAGUUAUCAUCUCGAAUUUAGAACCAAUUUCUGAUUAUUUCUCUGUUGCUGCAAAAAUCCACUGUUGUACUGUGUACAUGACUGUCCACAUUGUAGGUGGUUUUAUCAGUUAAAUGUUAUCUGAAAGUAAUUUAUUUGAAUAGAAUCUUGGCAAUGCAAUGUAUUGCAAAUACUCGGAGGGAGAAAUCUUUCCUGAGCAAGCAGCUUCUGAUGCAAAUUGAUGGAUAUGUCUUUGGACACCUUUUAACAAAAAAAAGCUUUUGAUUUUUCAGUUUGGGAUUUCUUUUUGUACAGUUAGAUCUAGUAUUUACAGUAAUUUAACACUGAAAAAAUUGCAGAUGUUUGCUUGGUUGUUGCUAAUUUUGGCUUGAUGUUAGAAACUGCUCUUGGUUAAGUACUCAAGUUGAGAAGGUUUUUUGGUUUUACUUUUUGUUCCUGUCUUCUACAGUAAAAUGUAUGGGGUUUCUUUUUUUUUUUUUUAACAUCAUGGGACGGAAAGUGAGCUUGGCUAAAUUGGAUCACUUGCUAUUUAUACAAUCCAGUUUAAACAUUUGCAAACUGCACUUGCACUGGUGAUGAGGGUGAGAUUCACUCAUAAAACAAACCUUUGCUACUUGAAUCCUAUUAAAUUAUUUUUUAAUUUCUGCAUGGAAGUAAUUGCUUUGCCUCCUCUGUUCUAUAAAACUUGUUCAGGAUAAGUAUUUGGGUUAUUAAAAAUAAAAAAAAUCUUCACUCCAAAAAGAUUUUUCUUAGUGGGAUUUAUUUUUUACAUUGUCUUGACACACAAACAAGGAUUCACUUCAGAUUCCAGUAGAUACACUGGAAUGUCUACAUUGGUAUGUCAAUAAUGUUUUUGAUUUUAAUUCAUGAUUUCUGUAUCAUGUAUAGUGAUAGUAUGCAUAGUAACGGAAGGUGUCAAAUAACUUCAGCAUUGCUUUGGAAAUUCAGUUGAUUUGAAGCACUGAACACUUGAGAUCUGGAAGGCUGAUUUUUUUGAUGGAGUGCAAGUCAAGUAAUUCUGUAUCAGCAUUGAAGAGAAGAUCCUGGAUUAUUCAACAGAUUGAAUACACUGGCUUACUUUGUUACUUAAGAAUUUUUUAUUCAAACUUGACAUCAGGUGCAGUUUUGAGAGCUGUAUUCCUAGAUGUAUUUAAAACAUUUUAGUAACUUAUGUUUAAAAAUGAAAAAUAGUUUUCAGAAUUUUUUUAGGUGCAAUCUUUUACUGAAGCAGUGUGCUACUUGGUUUUGGCUGAUGACCUCUGCAGAAGAAUUUAAAAAAUAAGAUCACAUUGUUUUGAAAUAUAAAUUGUUUGAUCAGUUGUUUCUGUAGGAUUAAGAUUUUUUUGUUUGUUUAUCAUUCAGAAUGAAUAGAAAGCACUAGUUAGUGCAUGUGCUGUGGAAAAUGAAGAGUUCUUCUCAUUCCGUCACUUACUCCACAGUUGUAAAUGAAGGCAGCCCAGUAGUCUGUAUUUUUGCUGGUUUGGUUACUUUAAACCUUUUUUUAGGUUUAUUAGAAUCUUUGCAACAAACCGAUGUGUAUUUUUAAAAGUUAACUACACCUGUGUAGAUUUAAUGUAUUGAACAAUGAUCUUAAAAGUAAAAUCUUCCUAUAUAGUCUUUAGUUUGAAAAACAGAAUAUUGUCAGAAGCCAAAGAGAUGGGGGGGUUGUUUAAGGAAUAAACACCACUGUUUAUUGAAAUACCCUAUGAAACUGUAUUUCUGGCUGAAAAAUAAAAAAGGUGGUAUAAACACC